UCCUUUCCUUCGGUAAACAUUUCGUGCGCACCACACAGGGUUAGGAAAGAUCGAAUCUUGAACCUCCCCUUAUUAACAUAAUCCUCUAAUUAUUAGAAACUGAAUAACAAGAAAGUGGAACUUCUAGACCCUAGGAGGUGUCUAAACUUCGGUCUUCCCCCAAAGUCGAGUAAAAUCACCGUCAUAGGAUUAGCUUUUCCACUGGGUAGUCUUUCACAAGAGGGCUUAUUAAAAGUCUCCCCCAAGGCACAGAAAUAAUUAGCGGGUAAAAGAGAGGUAAAAGAUCCCUUCAUCCAUAUGCACAUAGGGGACGGUUUCGAGGCUCACAGCGUUUGCGGACAAUCCAGAGUGGAUUUUACUUUGUUUUAUUUUCUUCUUUCGUAGAGAGCAAUUGAGUUUUUUUCCCGAAUACAUGAUCUUGUUGGAAAUUUUUGGCAAGAUCAGUAGGUAUCAAGAUUUUGGGGGUUCUUGGUAUUUGGUAGCAAGAAAUGAUGAACAGUGCGUCGAGUAAUAACACUGUAUCCUCUGUAUCGGCGUCGGGGAACAACGCGCCGGCGCCGGGAUUGAAGACUUAUUUCAAGACCCCGGAAGGUAAAUACAAACUUCAGUACGAGAAGACUCAUCCGGCGGCCCUUCUUCACUAUGCCCAUGGUAAAACUCUAUCUCAGGUUACAUUGGCUCAUCUCAAGGAGAAGCCAUUACAGGCACAGUCACAAACAUCAUCUAGUUUGGGAGUGAGCAGUGGCGUGAGAUCAGCAGCAGCAAGGUUGUUAGGAGGGGGAAAUGGGAGUAGGGCACUUAGUUUUGUCGGGGGGAAUGGUGGGAGUAAACCUGCGAGUAGCAGCAGUACUAGAAUAGGAUCUUUGGGGGCUUCGAGUUCAACUAAUUUGUCUGGCAAUCCGAACUUUGAUGGAAAAGGCACAUACUUAGUGUUCAAUGUUAGCGAUGCAAUUUUUGUGAGCGACUUAAAUUCUCAGGAUAAGGAUCCUAUAAAGUCUAUACAUUUUAGUAAUUCAAAUCCUGUUUGCCACGCAUAUGAUCCCGAUUCUAAAGACGGGCAUGACUUGCUUAUUGGUUUAAUCUCUGGAGAUGUCUAUUCGGUGUCUCUAAGACAGCAAUUACAAGAUGUUGGAAAAAAGCUCGUGGGGGCUCAGCACUAUAAUAAAGAUGGUUCUAUCAACAAUAGCCGCUGCAUGAGUGUUGCUUGGGUUCCAAAUACUGAUGGCUCAUUUGUAGUUGCUCAUGCUGAUGGUAAUAUGUAUGUAUAUGAAAAGAAUAAAGAUGGUUCCGGUGAUCCAUCAUUUCCGAUCAUCAAGGAUCAAACUCAAUUUUCUGUAUCACAUGCACGCUACAGUAAGAAUCCUGUUGCUAGAUGGCAUAUAUGCCAAGGUUCCAUAAACAGCAUUGCUUUUUCAGCAGACGGAGCUUACUUAGCAACUGUAGGGAGGGAUGGUUACCUGAGAGUCUUUGACUUCAAAAAUGAACAACUUAUGUGCGGUGGAAAAAGCUAUUACGGGGCUCUGUUGUGUUGUGCUUGGAGCAUGGAUGGAAAAUACAUUUUGACUGGAGGCGAGGAUGACCUUGUUCACGUCUGGAGCAUGGAAGAUCGAAAGAUUGUUGCGUGGGCUGAGGGACAUAACUCAUGGGUUAGUGGAGUGGCAUUUGAUUCGUAUUGGGUGCCUCCGAACUCAGACGGUUUAGAUGAAAAUGUCGUAUAUAGAUUUGGUUCGGUCGGUCAGGACACACAGUUGCUCUUAUGGGAUUUAGAAAUGGACGAGCUUGUUGUGCCAGUGCGCCGCGCGCCUGGCGGAUCUCCCACUUUCAGCGCCGGAAGCCAGUCAGCUCAUUGGGACAGUGCUAGUCCCGUGGGCACCUUACAACCAGCUCCGAGCAUGCGGGCUGUCCCAAAGAUAUCUCCCCUGAUCGCGCACCGUGUCCACACAGAACCGCUCUCUGGUUUGAUAUUCACUCCGGAAUCUAUUCUCACUGCUUGCCGUGAGGGUCACAUAAAAAUUUGGACACGGCCGGGUUUCUCCGAUAGCCCAUCGAGUAACCCAGAUUCUGCAACGAAGGAGAGAUCGUUGAUAUCAGGGAAGGCAGGCGAUUCAAGUUACAAACCAUGAUGUAAGAUUCGAAGCCUCGGAUAAAAAGCUUACGUAGUUCCUUGUCGGGACAAGACUUGGUGUCGAUGCUGCUGUUUGCGCCGGUUUCUACUGAAAUCCCACAGCGAGCAACUGCGGGAUCGAUGCGACGUUAAAUGCGUGCCGAAAGGUUGUUUAGCAGGUCACAUUGUACACAACCUAAAGGUCUUUGGUGAGAUUCAAAUAGAUUGCUCAGCCCCUUUGUAAAGUACGAGAAAGAUAGCUAAUAGAAAUAAUUGUUUUCUUGCU